AUGCUAGAGAGAGAAAGGAGAAGGUUGUGGUUCCACGGUUGUUCCAGCUUCCCUUUGGAAAUUACAGCUCAGCAAGAAGCUUCUCCGUCGUUGAUUGCUAUCACUGGAUCAGUGAGUGGGUGGCGCGGUGGAGAAGAAGAAGAAGAGAGAGCAGAAGAAGCGGUUCCUGUGCUGUAUGUCACUGGAACACUACUCCGCUGGAAUCGUCGGACAGCUCGCCAACCCUCUUCAAUGGCCCCAGCUUCGCAAAAGGCGACGCCACUAUCACUCUCACUCUCACCACCGCCAUGCUGUCCUCCCUCCGCCGCCGCCUCCUCCGCCGCCGCGCCGGAAUGGACGCAACAGUAACAACACCACCACCACUAACAAGGUCUCCUUGAUUCGCUCAGUGGAUUCUCUCCCUGAAUCAACUUCCACCAAUGCCCCUACUGCCAAAGGAAUCACGGCAAUGCCAAGGGCACAGUCAAGCCACCCUUUGGACCCUUUAUCUGCUGCCGAAAUCUCUGUGGCUGUGGCAACUGUGAGGGCUGCUGGAGCCACUCCCGAGGUUAGGGACAGUAUGCGCUUCAUUGAAGCAGUUUUGAGGGAACCGGAUAAACACAUUGUUGCACUGGCAGAUGCUUAUUUCUUUCCACCUUUCCAGCCAUCAUUACUUCCUAGAACCAAAGGAGGCCCUGUGAUUCCUACCAAACUCCCUCCAAGAUGUGCUAGACUUGUUGUUUACAAUAGGAAAUCAAAUGAAACGAGUAUAUGGAUCGUUGAAUUAUCACAAGUACAUGCUGUAACUCGAGGUGGUCAUCAUCGAGGAAAAGUCAUUUCUUCACAUGUUAUUCCUGAUGUUCAGCCUCCAAUGGAUGCUGUGGAAUAUGCAGAAUGUGAGGCUGUUGUUAAAGAUUAUCCUCCAUUUAUAGAAGCUAUGAAGAAAAGGGGUAUUGAAGACAUGGAGCUUGUAAUGGUUGAUCCCUGGUGCACUGGUUAUCACAGUGAAGUUGAUGCUCCCAGCAGAAGACUUGCCAAACCACUUAUAUUUUGUCGAUCCGAGAGUGACUGCCCUAUGGAAAAUGGCUAUGCUCGCCCAGUUGAGGGAAUUCAUGUUCUAGUUGAUCUGCGAAAUAUGGUGGUGAUAGAGUUUGAAGACCGCAAACUUGUUCCUCUGCCACCUGUUGAUCCCUUGAGGAACUAUACUCCUGGUGAAACACGAGGUGGCUCUGAUAGAAGUGAUGUCAAGCCCUUGCAAAUUAGUCAACCUGAAGGUCCAAGCUUUCGUGUCAAUGGACAAUAUGUAGAGUGGCAGAAGUGGAAUUUCCGUGUUGGAUUCACACCCAAAGAGGGUUUGGUUAUAUAUUCUGUUGCUUAUGUUGAUGGUAGUCGAGGGCGAAGGCCUGUAGCACAUAGGCUGAGCUUUGUAGAGAUGGUUGUACCCUAUGGAGAUCCGAACGAUCCACACUACAGAAAAAAUGCUUUUGAUGCUGGGGAAGAUGGCUUGGGGAAAAAUGCACAUUCUCUCAAGAAGGGUUGUGAUUGUUUGGGCUACAUCAAAUACUUUGAUGCUCACUUCACAAAUUUCACUGGUGGAGUGGAGACAAUUGAAAACUGUAUAUGUUUGCAUGAAGAGGAUCAUGGAAUUCUUUGGAAGCAUCAAGACUGGAGAACUGGCUUAGCAGAAGUUCGAAGGUCUAGAAGGCUUUCAGUAUCGUUUAUAUGCACAGUGGCCAACUAUGAGUAUGCAUUUUUUUGGCAUUUUUAUCAGGAUGGAAAGAUUGAAGCCGAAGUUAAGCUUACUGGAAUUCUCAGCUUAGGAGCACUGAUGCCUGGAGAGCUUCGAAAAUAUGGAACCAUGAUUGCUCCAGGUCUAUAUGCUCCGGUCCAUCAACACUUCUUUGUUGCUCGCAUGGACAUGGCUGUUGAUUCUAAACCUGGUGAAGCUUUGAAUCAGGUAGUGGAGGUCAACAUGAAAGUUGAGGAAGUUGGUGACCAUAAUGUUCAUAAUAAUGCAUUUUUUGCUGAAGAAACGUUGCUCAAAUCUGAGCUGGAAGCAAUGCGUGAUUGUGAGCCUUUGACUGCUCGACAUUGGAUUGUAAGGAACACAAGAACAGGCAAUAGAACUGGACAGUUGACAGGAUUCAAGCUGGUACCCGGCACAAACUGCUUACCAUUAGGAGGUCCUGAGGCCAUGUUUUUAAGAAGAGCUGCCUUCUUGAAGCAUAAUCUUUGGGUAACAACAUACUCACGCGACGAAAUGUUUCCUGGAGGAGAAUUUCCGAACCAAAAUCCGCGCAUCGGCGAAGGGCU